GUCUCUUUCAUCAUAGGAACUCAGAAGAAAAUGGCAGAAGGAAAUUACUCCAUUGUGACUGAAUUUGUCCUCACUGGAUUAACAGAGAAGCCAGGCCUGCAGCUGCCCCUGUUCUUGCUCUUCCUAGGAAUCUAUGCAGUCACAGUCCUAGGAAACCUGGGCAUGGUCAUGCUCAUCCUGUUCAGUCCGCACCUGCACACCCCCAUGUACUUCUUCCUUAGUAAUCUGUCUUUUGUUGACCUCUGCCAGUCCAGUGUCAUCAUGCCCAAAAUGCUGGAGAAAUUUGUCAUGUUGAAGAGUGUCAUUUCUUAUGCAGAAUGCAUGGCUCAGUUUUACUUAUUUGAUGUUUUUGCUGUUUCAGAGUGUCACAUGCUAGCUGCCAUGGCAUACGAUCGCUAUGUUGCCAUCUGUAACCCCUUGCUGUAUAAUGUUACCAUGUCUUACACAGUGUGCUCCUGGAUGGUAGUAGGGGUGUAUAGUGUAGGCUUGAUUUGUGCUACCGGUGAAACAGCCUGCCUGCUUAGGCUGCUUUUCUGCAAAGGUGAUGAUAUAAACCACUACUUCUGUGAUCUUUUACCAUUACUGGAACAAUCCUGCUCCAGUACGUUUGUCAAUGAAAUACUAGGACUGUCCUUCGGUUCAUUUAAUAUUGCUGUUCCAACUCUGACCAUCCUCAGCUCCUACAUCUUCAUCAUAGCCAGUAUCCUCCGCAUUCCUUCUACAGAAGGCAGGUCCAAAGCCUUCAACACUUGCAGUUCACACAUCUUGGCUGUUGCUGUCUUCUUUGGAUCUUUAGCAUUCAUGUACCUUCAGCCACCAUCAGUCAGCUCUAUGGACCAAGGGAAAGUGUCCUCUGUGUUUUAUACCAUUGUUGUUCCCAUGCUGAACCCCUUGAUCUACAGCCUGAGGAAUAAGGAUGUCAAAGUUGCCUUAUAUAAGAUUGUAGGAAGAAGACAGUUCAUGUGA